AUGGAAAUCUUCGUCCAUGUUGGCAGCACGCUAUCCCACAACACCAUAAUCGACACCGAGGUUACUCGCCGGAACUCGAAAGCUAGCCAAGCCUUCGGCCGGCUUCAAUUCUCCGUGUGGAACCGUCAUUGUCUCCACCUGUCCACGAACCUGAAGAUUUCAAAGGCUGCCGUCCUCAUGACACUCCCGUACGGAAGGGGAGACUUGCACCAUCUACACCAAAUAAGCUUGAUAGUUAAAUCAUUUCCAUCUCAGCUGUCUCCACCAAAUACUGAAGCUGAGAAGACAGGACAAAGUCCCGGCUAUGUAAGUCCUGGAGAGAACGGAAAUCUUCAGCAUCCAGGCCAUGCUGAGGUAUCUACAACUGCGAUGGAGCCGCCACCUGGUACAAAAUACGGCCAUCGACCACCCAAGCGACUGUUUUAUCGUGAUGUCGCUGAGAGUACUCACCACAAAGGAGGACAAAAGAGGCGCUACAAGAGAACUCUGAAGAACUCUCUGAAGCUUCUUCAAAUCAACACGGCGAUCUGA